AUUCUUUCCAUUCAGCAUACAAACAAUUGCACAAGCAUCAGUCAUCCAGUGUUUCACAGCCUCUCCACUUUAAAUCAAGACCUCAACAACUGAAGCUGGAAUGCACACCAUUAUACUACUGGAACUGCUGGUACUGGGAGCAUCAGCGGUGUUGCCAGACCCAGACACAGCUGGAGACAAGGUGACUCAGGAUCCAAUUCCCUGUGCAAAAGGCUGCAACUGUCUGCAUGAUGACUACAGUUUGGAGCUCAUCGUCUACUGCAGUGCUCGGAACUUAACUCAAGUACCAGCUGACAUCCCACUAUCCACUCAUUAUCUCUGGCUAGAUGGAAACUUAUUUGUUUCCCUUCCAGCUGCGUCUUUUAGGGAUCUAAGCAAUCUGGACUUUUUGAAUCUACAGAGUGGCCAGCUGCUGACCCUUGACCAUCAGACAUUUAGAGGCCUCAGAUCCCUAGCACACUUGCACCUGGAGCGAAACCGUCUUCGUGGGUUGCCAGGUUCAAUCUUCCAGAACACACCUAACCUUGCUUCACUCAGUCUUCAUAACAAUCACAUCAGUCGUAUUGACGAAAGACUGUUUGCUGGGCUCUCGCACAUGUGGUUUCUCAAUCUAGGAUGGAACUCACUCACAGUCUUGCCAGAGACAGUUUUCCAUGACCUGCAAGGUCUGCGAGAACUGAACCUUGCGGGUAACAGACUUGCUUACUUGCAACCGGCACUAUUCCAAAAUCUUGGUGAGCUUAAAGAGCUGGAUCUGACAGGAAAUUACAUCAAGGUUAUCAAAGCUAAUGUGUUUGUUAAACUCCAUAAGCUGCAAAAACUUUACCUGGCCCAGAAUCAGAUUGGAAGUGUGGUACCCAGGGCGUUUGUAGGCAUGAAAUCGCUCAGAUGGCUCGACAUGAGAAACAACAAAUUGACUUCUCUACAUGAAGACACAUUCUUAGGCUUGAGCAGUCUUCAUGUAUUGCGCCUUUCCAACAACUCUAUCACUGGCUUAAGGCCUAGAACCUUCCGUGACUUGCAGUACUUGGAAGAACUAAGGCUCAGUUACAACAGGAUUCGAUCUCUAGGGGAGAGGAUUUUUGAAGGACUUGGCCAUCUGGAGGUUCUAGAGCUAGAUUAUAAUCAGGUACAAGAGGCACAUGUGGGAAGUUUCACUGGCCUGUCUCAUGUGGCUGUCAUCAAUCUAUCUGGAAGCUGCUUUCAAAGUUUCCCUGACCAAAUGUUCAAAACUCUGUCAAAGCUUCACAGCCUACAUCUGGACAAAGGUUGCCUUACGAGGGUCACAGCUCAAGCUUUCAGUGGUCUCUCUGGUUUACGGAGGCUUUUCCUUCAACAGAACAACAUCUCUGUGGUGGAAGAUCACAGUUUUAUGGGUCUGGUAGGACUUGUAGGACUGGACUUAAGCUCCAAUAAGAUGGAGGUGCUCACAGAUCAAACUUUCUCUGGGCUUAGUAAUCUGGAGUAUCUUCUUCUGUCCAACAAUGAAUGUCAUCAGUUUUUGCAGAAUGGAACAAAACAAGUACUUCCACGGCUGCGCUACCUGGACCUGCGAGCCAAUGCCUUGUCAAGUUUAGUCAUCAAUUUCUCAGAGAACAUGGAGAAACUCCUGCUGUCUGGAAACCAGUGGAAAUGUGACUGCACCACACUUCCACUCAGAAACUACAGCUUGCAAAAACCACAAGUCAUCCCUCGACAAGUAGAGACCCAUGGAGAAGGUGAAGAACCUGAUAGUACGAUCACCAUAUAUAACAACAUUACAUGCACCAGCCCUCUACAUGCAGCUGGCCAGGACCUACGGGAUGUGAGCAGUGAACACUUCCGAAGCUGCUGAGGUUACAGAGACUGGUUGAUUGAUACAAAAAGCUGACUAUGCAUUUCUGGUUCAGAUUACAUUUUCUCUGUAUAUUCAACACAACAUCAGAUCUUAGAAAGACCUUUAUUUGGGGAAAAAAAAGAAUAUUCUCACAAAACACUUUUAAACCAUCAAUAAAUUCUGUUAGUUCAGUAAAGAUUGUAAGUUUUAUUACUUGUGUGGAGAUAAAUUUUCUGAAGAUAUUUAAUAAAAUAUUUUAAUGUGUGACA